AUGGCUGCUCGUCCCCUCGUUAGCGUUUUCUCUCUCUCCGGAGACAAGGCCGGAGAGACCCCUCUCCCUGCCGUCAUGACUGCUCCUUUGCGUCCUGAUAUUGUUCAAUUCGUUCACACCAACAUGAACAAGAACAACCGCCAAGCAUACGCCGUCUCCAUCCGUGCUGGAAAGCAAGUUUCUGCCUCUUCCUGGGGUACUGGACGUGCUGUUGCCCGUAUCCCCCGUGUUGGAGGAGGAGGUACUUCCCGAUCUGGGCAAGGUGCUUUCGGUAACAUGUGCCGUGGAGGACGCAUGUUCGCACCCACCAAGACUUGGCGCAAGUGGCACCGCAAGAUCAACACCACCCAGAAGCAAUAUGCUGUUGCCUCUGCUUUGGCCGCUACUGCUGUCCCUGCUCUUGUCAUGGCUCGUGGUCACGCCGUCGAUGAGGUCCCUGAAAUUCCUCUUGUCGUUGACACCUCCAUUGAAGCCACCAAGAAGACCUCUGUUGCCAAGGAUGUUCUUGCAGCUAUUGGUGCCCUCGAUGAUGUCGAGAAGGCCGGAGACUCCAAGCAGAUUCGUGCCGGUAAGGGUAAGAUGCGUAACCGUCGCUACACCAUGCGUCGUGGUCCUUUGAUCAUCUACAAGUCCAACGACGGUGUCGAGCACGCCUUCCGCAACUUGCCUGGUGUUGAGUUGUGUUGCGUCGAUCGCCUCAACCUUCUCCAAUUGGCUCCUGGUGGCCACAUGGGACGCUUCUGCGUCUGGUCUCAAGCUGCCCUCGAAGCUCUAGACACCAUCUACGGAGAAGAAGGAAAGCGCAUCCCUGCUGCUGCCAUGACCAACGCUGACUUGGCUCGUCUUAUCAACUCCGACGAAAUCCAAUCCGUUGUCAACCCUGCCAAGUCCACCAUUCCUGCCUACACUGCCAAGGCCAACCCUCUCAAGUCCAUCGAGGCUCUCGAGAAGUUGGAUGCUUUCGCCGCCAACAAGCGUCGCAUGGUCUCCAAGGCCGAAGCCGAUCGUGCCAAGAACAAGGAUGCUGUCCUCAAGAAGAAGCGUGCUGCCCGCACUGCCAAGAAGGCCUUCAACGCCCAAGGAAAGAAGUUCAUCGCCGGUGCUGCCGCACAAGGAGACAUCUGUGCUGAUGGAUUCACUAUCGAGUAA